UCAAAAAGUCACAAGAACUUCAACAGUACACAAACAAUGGCGUCCAAAUGAUGUUCUUCAACUUAGUCUGUGCAGAUAAAACGAAGUUUUACAAUUUAAGAGUUUACCAGAAACACAAGUUCAACAAUAUUUCUGUAGGAAGGUGCUACAAGUUCAUAAACACUAUCAACAAAGGUGAAAACAGAUAUUGGGUUGUUGCAAGCAGUCUGAUAGCGUUCACUUCACGAGUUGAUGUCCCUGAAGAACUGCUAAAAAAUAUUCCACUCUUACCAGAGGAAACGCCAAUAACUGGGGUAAAGAGAAAGCUAAAUGAAGCAACUGCAUGUGAUGAAAGAUCAACAAUAACAGGCAAAGUUGUGCAGGCAUCACCAGUAAAGUAUAGACGGGAACAUUUAGCUGUAAGAUUACUCAACAUUAAAGACCCAUCUGGUACAGCAAAAGUAUGCUUAUUUGGGGACAAUGCUGAGAUGAACUUUGAAGUGAAUGAUGGUGUUGAAAUAAGUGGCUUGUACCGGAAAACUUACAUGGGAAAGCAGCAACUUACAUCAUCACGUGUAACAACAUGCAGGUUCCAAGAUGUUGAAGGCAUUUCCAUUACUUCAACAGACCUAAUGGAUGAUGAUGACUUCCUUCCAGAUGACAUAGAUGGCAAAAGAACUGUUAAAAUCACAGUAACAGACAUAAUGGAUUUUGAUGUUUACCAUUGCUGUCCAUCGAGAGGAUGCUAUGACAAGAAAUUAGUAAACAAAAAGUGUCCAACAUGUGGAAGAGAAGAGGAGCAGGAAAAAAAAUCAUGCAGAGUUCAACUACUGUACAGCACUUCUGAAAAAACAAAUCAGAAGAUCACAAUCUGGAGACCAACUUUGUCCGAAAUCAUAAAACAGGAAGUAAACCUUGGAUCCAGUGAUGAGUUUUUGGAGCAAAUUUCAAGUCUUCUUCCAAUUUCUUUUGAAGCCGAUAUCAUAGACAACAAAUUGCAAAACAUUAAGUAAUGUGCGUGCUCCUGUAUUGUGUAGGUGACGUGUGAUAACUGUCAAACAACGCUCUUUUAAAAAUCAUUGUUAAGUGUAUUCCUAUUUUGCUUUGAAUUAUUUCUUGUGCUACAUGUAGUAGACUAAUUUGGCAGACAUGAUUGUUUAUUCCAAAACCAGCGCACUUCCAAAGAUUUUUUUUUUCAUUUGUUUUAUUUAUAUAGAUACUAGAAAAUAUCUAUUCUUUAAACUUUCUUUAAUCUAAGUUGCGUUUUUUUUUCAGUAAAUACUAACUACUAGUAUAA